AUGGCUCCUCCCUGGGUCUUGCUCGACCGCAAAGUGGACUUCGUUGAUGGAAAAGUUGCCGUAGGCGCCUGGAACUGGAAAGCAGCAGCCGCAAUCGGCGGAUCGAGCGGAGAGCAGAGUCAGGAAGAGGUAGCGGCGGCCAUGGAGGCGCAUCCGCUGGUCGCCGACCCCCCUGAAGUAACCUGCUUGUCCGUGCUGCAGGAGAUUCCCGACCAGUUGCAAAGAGAAAAGGGUGGCAUGAUCUCGAGCACCGACAAGGGCCUCGUCGUCCUCUACACCGGCAUGUACCGACCUGGCAACGGUGCGCACAAUCUGGCCGGAUGCUACCUGGUUUACGACGCGUCGAGCAACUCCGUCUCCGCGAUUCCUCAGCUUGAUCCACCCACCACCGGAAGCCUGUAUCGGGUUUUGCCCACUAUCAAGUGCCUUGGGCUCAGCGCUGCCAUCCUGCGCCACGGCCACGGUGGGGAGGGCGCCUACGUUCUCGCCGAGCUCGUCACCACGUUCCACCCCGGGCUCCCCGACGCCGAGCUCUACCAGUGGUCGUCAUCCACAUCCAUUGCGAACUCGGGCGGUGAGUGGAUGCGGACGGCGGUGCGUCUCCCGCUCCCUCCCGAGCUGUGUGGGCCCACGUACUUCUUCGAGAUCGACAUGACGUUCUCGUUUGAGGGCUCACACAUUUGCUGGGUUGAUCUCCUCACUGGCGUCUUGAUCUGUGACCUGUUCAAGCCCCAAGGGCCUGAGUUCAGUUUCAUCCCGUUGCCACAAGGGUGCUCCUUGUAUACCCCCGACAAUAUCCGACUUGGGAUGAAUACACAAGAGUUCCGUUCCAUGGGUUGCGUCUGCGGCGCCAUCAAGUUUGUCGCGUUGAUCGGCUACCCUGAAGGUUCGUCUAACAAUGAAGUAGUGUUGAAAACCUGGACUUUGUCCCCUGAUUUGAAAGAGUGGAAGAAAGGCUCAACUGUACUUGUGGGAGAUCUCUGGGAAAGCGAGAGCUUUAGGCAAAUGGAGCUGCCGCGGGUCAGGCCAAUGUUCCCUGUCCUCAGCAUGAAUGAAGAUGAUAUCAUUUAUGUUUUUCUGAAUGAUAUUAAGUAUGUGGACACGGUGGAUGAUUUCGGGCAGAUUAUUGGGAGACAGCUGGUGCUCAAUGGCCAUUAUGUGCUUCGCCUUGACUUGGUGCAAAACAAGGUCCUGUACUUCAAAAGGAGCACUACAAACAAUUUGGCAUUGCUUGCGCCCACUCUACUGGCUAGUGACUUCAGUGCAUACCUACAUGGCUCCAAGGACCGCCAGAGAGAGGAAGAAGCAAGUAAAAUGGAGUUAGCUUGAAGCAGACCAAGUACUGAAUGAAGAUUCUAGGAAGAUACAAGCAUGAUGAGCUACUGUGAACUGAAUGAAUGAGCC